GCUGGCCGUUAGGACUUCCCACUCCGCAUGAAUGCCGCCAGCCCGGGACCCGGACCUCACUCCUUCUGCCGCCUUGCACCGCGGGACUAAGCGAUCCUUGCCGCGACUUCCUUCCCGGACCCCCUCGCAUCUCACCGCUGUCUGUCUGGAUUGACCCCGUGGACUCCUGCCUCGCUUUCCCACCGUGAUCAUCAAUAUGUGUCAUGUCAUCGUCACCUGCCGCUCGAUGCUCUGGACCCUCCUGAGUAUCGUAGUGGCCUUUGCCGAGCUCGUCGCCUUCAUGAGCGCGGACUGGCUGAUCGGGAAAGCCAAGACCCGCGGCGCCGAGCCGGCAGGCACCGACUCGGAGCCCCACUACCUGGGCAUCCUCUGCAUGCGCACGCCGGGCGUGCAGCAAGUCCCUCGGGACACACUGUGCGGGACCUACGCCAAGAGCUUCGGGGACAUCGCCAGCGGCUUCUGGCAGGCUACUGCUAUUUUCCUGGCCGUGGGGAUCUUCAUUCUCUGCGUGGUGGCCUUGGUGUCCGUCUUCACCAUGUGCGUGCAAAGCAUCAUGAAGAAAAGCAUUUUCAACGUCUGCGGGCUCCUGCAGGGAAUCGCAGGUCUGUUCCUUCUCCUCGGCCUGAUUCUCUACCCCGCGGGCUGGGGCUGCCAGAAAGCCAUAGACUGUGGCCGCCAUGCAUCCCCCUACAAGCCUGGAGAUUGCUCCCUGGGUUGGGCCUUUUACACCGCCACUGGAGGCACCGUCCUCACGUUCAUCUGCGCCGUCUUCUCCGCACAAGCAGAAAUUGCCACCUCCAGUGACAAAGUACAGGAAGAAAUCGAAGAGGGGAAGAACCUGAUCUGCCUCCUUUAGUCCGGAAGACAAGGAUGCCGUUACCUUUCUUUAUGACUUGUGACACAGUGAAGAGCCAGUCUUGACCUACCAGAGCCACAUUCCACAGCCCCAGGCCUUCGUGGGACCCGUGAGGAGCAUCACCCACCAAGCCGAGUUCUUGGACCUGCAGGCUACAGUGCAAAUAACGAGAGCAGACAAAGACAUGGUUUAGCCCCUGACUGUGGAGUUCUGACACACUCCGUACCCCCAGGGCUCAAUGAAGGAUGGCGUUCUGACCCAGCAAGGCAGGC